AAAAGUGAUUGAUGUUCGUGCGGUUGGUGGUUUGAUUAGGAUUGCGUGGUGAUCUGAUAGCUGCGAUCAGGCUGUUAAAUAGUAGAACUGCCAGGAUACGAUAAUAAUUGUCUGCAUCCUUAGGAUGACUAGUUUCGUAGUGACGUUUUCCAAGCAGUACAAAAAUAUGACGGAGGGCGCAGACCCCAUCAUCGACAGCUGGUCUCUGAUGGGCUCCCCAACGCCAGUUCUAAGCAUUGCCGGUUGCUAUCUGCUGUUCGUGCUUCACCUCGGGCCCCGCUGGAUGCAGAAUCGCAAACCGAUCGAACUGAAGCCGGCCCUCAUAUUUUACAACGCCGCCCAGGUCGUGUGCUCCACGGUACUCUGCGUGCAGCCGUUCUUCUUCGGUGGAGUCAGCCACAUGUUUAGCGUUUCCUGCCACGCCAGCGAUGCUUUGAACAAAGAUCUACGACUGACGCUUUGGAAGUGCACCUGGUGGUACCUGGUGCUGAAGCUGGUUGAACUACUCGACACCGUGUUCUUUGUGCUACGCAAGAAACAGAACCAAGUAUCAUUUUUGCACGUCUACCAUCACACGAUAAUGGCGGUCUUCACCUGGGGCUACCUGAAGUAUUUACCAGGAACCCAAGGUGCCUUUCUCGGAUUCGUAAACUCGUUCGUGCAUAUCGUUAUGUACACCUACUACCUGAUAGCUGCCCUUGGACCUCGCUACCAUAAGUACCUCUGGUGGAAAAAGUACAUGACGACGCUGCAACUGACGCAGUUCGGCAUCAUGCUGGUGUAUCUGUUUCUCAUCAUUACCUUCCAAUGCAGCGUACCGCGAUCGCUCAGUUUCUUCUUCGUGAUCAAUGUGACCAUUUUUCUGUUUCUGUUUUGGAAUUUCUACCGAAAGGCUUACGGCCGGGGGCUGAAAAAGGAGGAGUAGGACGAAAGGAGGCUCGUUAUCGGUAGUUUAAGU